AUGCCUUUCACCCGAACCCGUGCCCGGCGUGCAUCAAUGGAGGACGAAGUUGAUUCCUCGCACGCUCGAUCCGUCUCGGCGCAGUCAGAUGCCCCAGAGGAACCCGUCAUCGCCGUGGCUCCUCCGCCGAAGCGUAUCACGAAGCGCGACCUGAACAAGCAACGAGCGGAUCUCGCGAAUUGGGACCGCUAUGUGAAGGCUCAAGAAAAGAUACGCGAAAGGCAACAGAAGGUGCUGGAUAUGCGCGAAGAACAGCAGAGGCAAGAGGCGCGGCUGGCAGCUAUGGGCCCUCCUCUCGUGCCUGUGCCCCAUGGAUCGUCGUCCUGGGACCCAUCGUGGUCGCAGGAAGGAGGUACUACACUAAUACCACCUGUUCGAGCCCCGUCUCCGCAGCCGACGGAGUUUUCGACAGCCCCAAGCACUAUAACCGGGCUUAGAACUCCAAGGAGCGCAGCGUCUUCAACAACCACAAACGAUAAAGUGCCACCGCUACCAUCUAUCUCUCCAUUCACUGCCAAGGACCUCGCAGACUGGAUGCGAUUCAAGAACCAGAUGGUGGUGCAUUUCCUACGCCAUGAGACCUUCUACCAGCUAGACCGAAGAAGGGUCGACGCAGCUGCCGGGCUUCUAGAUGAAGAGAGAACGAGCCAGUGGUUAAACUACCGAGAAAACCUCGCACGAAAUGCGGAGGAGGUGCCUAUCCACCACCGGGGCCGCCUGUUGAUACAUCACCUCGCUUACCUGCUUGCAUACGCACAGAGGAUCCCCUCAAAAGGAGGAGCUGGAUCUUCUUAG